AGGAAACGCCUGCUAUUGCGGUCUCGGGAACAAACCCAAAAGAAUUGGUCUCUGCUUGUUGUACCGAGACAGGCGAAACCACCGCAUAGAGCGUCAUCGCGGGGCACACACAUCACGGCCUCGCCAAAACACUUUCUUCUUCUUUUUUUUCUUUUGGCUCCGUAAGCCACAUACACACACACACAUACAUUCAGCGACGCGUGCGACGCAAGGCCAUGGAAAGCGACGAGGCACAGGGAACUGCCCCGGCAGCCGCAGCUGCGGACGUCUCCACCACCGUCGAUCCCGUUGGAGCACCCCCCGCUGUGGUGCCGUCUACCUCCCCUUCGACUGACGCCUCUGCUUCUGCGUCUCCCGCCAUGGCCGCAGAGGCGCGCCUGCACGCACUGGAGACGAAGACCGCCAUGUGGAAGGAGGCCGUCGCCACCCAGUUAAACGACGCCUCUCGCAAGAACAAGAAGCUGCGCGAGGAGCUGCGGGCCGUGCGCGAGGAGAUGGACGCCGCCCUCGGCGAUUUGCGGGUGCAGCUCACGGACGAAUUCCACGAACGCACGGCGAUGCAGCGGGAGGAGCUGGCGGCGCUGACGACGCAGGCGGCUCUCCUGCGCGAGGAGAAGAAAGCCAUGGCCGCUGCCCAUGAAGCCGAACUGCAGAGGGCACGCGUGCAGCUGCGCGAGUUAAUCCAGCUCGAGGUGGAGACAAACUACAAACGGAAGGACGAGCAGUGGUCAAAGGAGAUGACUGCGCUGCAGACCCGCGCAGAGGCGAAGGAGACGGAGAAGGUGCAGGCGGAGCACGAGUGCGAAGUGCUGAAGAUGCGGCUGAACCGACUCGGGGCCCAAUACGAGGAACUCGCCUCCCUCUUGCAGCCGAAAGGGGGAGAGGGCAGCUCGGCUCCGUCGCAGGCCUCCGACGGCCUCGAUGAGGCGGCGGGGCUCCACAUACAGGGCCCAGCCCGUCAGCAAACCGCCGUCAACGCGGCCUUCACGCAGCAACUUGAAAGCAUGAAAGCGGAACUGCAGAGCAAGGAGCAACACACGCAGUUCGUACUGGACCGUGCAAAGCAGGAGCACGAGGCGGAGAAGUCCCAGCUGCUGCGGGAGCUGCAGCUGCGUGAAGAGGAGCUGAAGGUGGCCCACACACUCUUAAAGCAGGUGCAGGUCGAGAGCAGCGGAUACCAGCAGCGUGUCUCACACGCACAGACAGAGAAGCAGGCACUGGAGCAGCGCUACGCGGCCAAGGUGGCAGCGCUCAAUGCGAAGCUGGCGGAGCGGGUGCAGGUCGUUGAGGAGGCGCAGGUGGUAACUAAGCGGCUGCAGGAGCAGCUGCGCACCGCCCAGCAGCAGGUGGCGACGCUCGAGGAGGAGUCCAUCAUGCGCGAGGAGGCCUUUCACUCCCUCAUGCUGUCGGAGGACGACAAGCGUGUGGUGAUGGAGCUGCAGAGGGCGGUGCAGACGGCGCGUGAUGAGGCGGAGGCGUGGAAGAUGCAGUACUACACCGCCCUGUCCUCUCCACCGAACGGGGCCAAAACCGCCACGGGGGACAGGGGGGGCACCCCCUCAGCGAUUCAGGAGGGCGGCCGUAGUAGUGGUGGCCGUGAUGGCGGCGAGGCCGCUCUGUCCACCGCCGCCUCCCCUGCGGUAGAGACGAACCACAACAACAGGGAUGGAGCUUCACCGCACGCCGUGCCCGCCGCAGCGGUCCGCACGCCGCAAGCGUGGCACGAGCAGCUCGCCGCCAAGGAGGCGUCCCUCGAGGCACACGCCGCGCAGCUCGAACGCAAGGCGCACCUGCUCGACGCAGCCGAGGCGAAGUUAAACGACAUGCGCCGCUCCUUGGCGAGUCAGGCGAGCAUCUUGCUGCAGCAGCAAAAGGGCGGUCGGCGGGAGCGGAACAGCGACAACGGUGUUGUCUUCCGCGAGGGUAAGGACGGAGGUGGGCUGGUGGAAGAGUCGGAGCACGAAAUGCUCGGCGCCUCUCCGAUCAUCAGCACCGCCGCAUCGCUCCUGCCCUCCACGUGGCACGGGUCGCUACGGGCGCUGGAGACGCAGCGACGUCGCCUGCACCUGCCCGGCAGCUGUCGGUGCAUGUUCUGUUUCUUCUCUGGUGGCGGCAACUCCGGUGCUCCGCUGCGCCUGCGUCGUGACCCCUUUGUGUUUACGCUGAUAGUGAUUCUUUUCGUCAUGCUGAUCAUCGUUGUGAGUGCGAUGUAG